UGAAUCGCGCGCCCUGGUCAACCUCUGGUCUAUAUAACGACCUCGUUAUCCAUUUGUUUUCAUAUCAUCAUCAGUUCAAUUGCCACAACACCGGAGAAAGAAGAGAUCAAGAGAACGAAGAGUGGUCCAGUUUUACCGACAAGCCAUUACAAGAUUCAAGCUUUUUCGAUUUUCGUCCCUCCACCGUUUUCGAAGGGUUAAUACCCAACGAUACAAAAUUUGGGCCAAGCAGAGAUGCGGCUAAAGUUUCAAAAGCAAGACGACGACUUCGUAAAUCUGAAGAACAAAGAGAAGUUGAGAAGGAAAUAACGAUUGCUGAAGGUCGGUGUCCACGAAAAUAUGGUGGAUCCUUCUACUGCUGCUGAGGCAGCAGAGACUAAGGCUACCAAGGAACGCAAACCUGAAAAAACUCGAGCUCAAAAGGAUGCACAUAAUGCCAGUUGCCGAACGUAUCGACUGAAAACUAAGAGGAGGCGUGAGGAUCUUGAAGCGAUGGUGCCAGAGUUGCAAGCUGAAAACAAGAGGAUGAGAGCUGAAAACAAGAGGAUGAGAGCUGAAAUCAAGAGGUUGAAAGCGAAGCAAGGUAUUGAAAUUGAAAGCCAGGAACUAAGGAGAGCUCUUGAGAUAGGGGGGGCAAUUGUGGAACUGCUGGAGCAAAUUCCCAGUGCAUGGAAAGUCGACGGGAAAAACUUUACUUCUUUUGACGAGGCGCAAACUUGGUUUCUGUCGCAGACCUAUGAUCAAGGCCCGAACGACACCAACAACAACACAACCGCUUCUGCUGUUGCUGGCCCCUCGUGUGUUGCAAAUCAUGGCUUGCCAAACAACCCAGAUAAUAAUCCUUCCAGUCAUGACCCUGCUGCCGCGCUAGAUAAUCCUUCUACCAGUGAUCUGUUCACUGAUCAUUACCUUGCUGCCGCUGGCUCCUCCCUUAUUGCAGGUCAUGAGUCUCCUGUCAUGUUUGAUGCCCCAAAUUAUCAUGACACCAUCAACAAUCUUUCCACUCACGACCCUGCUGCCGAUAAUGAAUCAGGAUUUUCGACUCCCUCUGCUGCUGGCCCCUCCUCAGGCACGAACGGCACCAACAUAACUGCCUUUGCUGCUUCUGGCCCCUCGUUUCCAAAUCAUGGCUUGCCAAACAAUGCCCCAGAUAAUAACUCUUUUAGUCAUGACCCUGCUCCUGCUGCCGGUAAUAAAGCAGGAUCUCCAACUGCUUCUGCUCUUGGCUCUCUCAUUGCUGCAUUCCCUGGGUUGAACUAUAUGUUUGAUGAUCGAGAUGAUCAUGGUAUCACUUAUCUUUUCACUGAUCAUGCCCUUGCUGCCGCUGGCUCCUCCUUUAUUGCAGGUCAUGAGUCUCCUGUCAUGUUUGAUGCCCCAAAUAAUCAUGACACCAUCAACAAUCGUUCCACUUAUGACCCUGCUGCCGGUAAUGAAUCAGGAUUUCCAAGUGCUUCUGCUGCUGGCUCCUCCUCUUAUGAUAGCGGUGGUCCAGGGUUGUCAACUGCUUUUGCUGCUGGCUCCUCCUCUGCUGCAAAUCAUAACUUGCAUGCCAGCAAAUCUUAUGAUAUCAGUGGUCUUUUCACUCAUGACCCUGCCGCCGAUAACAAAGCAGAUUUCCGUUCUGAGAAAAUCCCAUCUUCAAAGGCGGUUUAGAGAUGUUGUCUAUAAGCUCCUCACCUCCUCAAGCAGAUAUGCGCAACUCUUCUACGUGAAAAGUCAUAUGUUAUCGAUCAAUGCUGAAUUGAUUGUGCGUGCCAACGAGUUAAAGAGUCAUCUAUAUAGUCGCAGAGUGCUUUUUAUGUGUAUUUCUAGAUGUAUUGGACCUUUCCCAGUGUUCCUGUUGCUGGUUUGUAUGUUGAACUUGUGUUUUUCUGAAGUUUAUGUUGUAAGAAUUUAUACGGUGUUUGCUAAAUAAAUGGGAGGUGGAUUUAAAUGAGUCAA